AAAAAUCACAAAAAGUAGAGGUCCCAGAACAGAUCCUUGUGGGACACCACUAGUCACAACCCUCCAAUCUGAAUGUACUCCCUUCACCAUGACCCUCUGCUUUCUGCAGGCAAGCCAAUUCUGAAUCCACCUGGACAAACUUCCCUGGAUCCCAUGCCUUCUGACUUCCUGAAUAAGUCUACCAUGUGGAACCUUGUCAAAUGCCUUACUAAAAUCCAUGCAGAUCACAUCCACUGCACUAUCCUCAUCUAUAUGCCUGGUUACCUCCUCAAGGAACUCUAUCAGGCUUGUUAGACACGAUCUGCCCUUUACAAAGCCAUGCUGACUGUCCCUGAUCAGACCAUGAUUCUCUAAAUGCCCAUAGAUCCUAUCUCUAAGAAUCUUUUCCAACAGCUUUCCCACCACAGACGUAAGGCUCACUGGUCUAUAAUUACCUGGACUAUCCCUACUACCUUUUUAGAACUAGGGGACAACAUUCGCCUCCCUCCAAUCCUCCGGUACCAUUCCCGUGGACAACGAGGACAGAAAGAUUCUGUGGCAACCCACUUUCUGCGCAGGCGAACCGGCUCACAAAUAGCCAGCACGUGGGGAGAGACUUUGGUAAUGCACCUCUGACAUCAUUUCCGCCCAGAGAGGGCAGGUGCUAGGGAUUAAAUGCCAGCGCUGUGAAGUCUGAAUAAAGUAGUCUCGAAACGGCUUACCGACUGCGUGUUGUCUCUAACUCUGUAUGUAGUACAUCGCUACAUUGGUGACCCCGACGGUUGAAACGAGAUUUGGACCAAAGAUGACCAAUGCUUCAUCUGUUCAUGCAGUUUCGCUAAAACUGCUGACUUUCUGGACACUGCGACUAUGCGUGUGGUUUAGCCAAGCAGAAGCCCAGUUCCAGGUUUGGCAGAUAUCCUCUGAUUCCACGCUUUACUACCACGUGGUGAGCGCCCUUGACCAGGAGACGGCCGCCCAGGUUGAGGAUUUCAUACAGUCGCCCCCGGAAGAAGGCAAAUAUGAAGCAUUCAAAGCGCUGCUCAUUGGGACCUUUGGCCUCUCACAGCCCUAAUGCCUGCUUCACCUGGAUGGUUUGGGAGACAGACUGCCGUCAGCAUUGAUGAACAAGAUGCUGGCCCUGGCUGACGGACACAAGCCCUGCCUUAUGUUCGAGCAAGCGUUCCUGGAGCAACUGCCCGGGGACAUACAUCUGCUGCUGGUUGACACAGAUUUCAGCGACCCCCGGAAGGUGGCGGCCAGGGCGGACGUGCUGUGGAAAGCCAAGAGGGAGAGCAUGGUGUCCGUCGGUCAGAUUACCAGGCCACGCGCCCAACAGCAGACUAGACCAGGCCUGGCAGGGGGGCGCACACAACACAGAGGCAGGAGUGAGGAGGACAGUGAACAAUGGUGUUUCUACCACCAGCGAUGGGGCACAGAAGCCCGCCAUUGUCGCCCGCCCUGCAAGGGCCAGGGCCAGGGCCAGCUGCUGCUAAUGACUAUGGCGGCUGGCCACCACGACAGCCUCUUGUACGUCUGGGACAAACAGUCGGGACGCUGCUUCUUGGUUGACACCGGAGCGGAAAUCAGCGACUUGCCCCCAACGGGGUACAACACCCGCAACAGGAAGCCAGAACCCACACAACGGAGGUUCGACCACAUUCACGUGGAUAUCGUGGGCCCCCUACCAAUGUCCCGAGGAACGCGGUACCUCCUAACUAUGGUAGACCAGUUCACGAGGUGGCCCGAGGCGGUCCCGCUCACCGACACAUCUACCGAUUCCUGAGCCCAAGCACUGAUUGCAACCUGGGUAGCACGUUUCGGGGUACCGGCCCACAUUACCUCCGACAGAGGCGCCCAGUUCACCUCCAGCCUGUUGGGAACGCAGCUACACCACACUACUACUGCCUACCACCCACAGUCGAACGGACUGGUGGAGCGUUUCCACCAUCACUUGAAGUCGGCUCUCAUGGCCUGCCUGAGAGGACCUAACUGGGUGGACGAGCUUCCCUGGGUCCUGCUUGGAAUUCGCACAGCGUCCAAAGAGGAUCUGCACGCUUCGUCGGCCAAGUUGGUGUACGGCGCACACCUGGCUGUCCCAGGAGAGUUCAUACCAGUCCCAAGGGGGCAAGAGGAUGAACCCGCAGCAGUCCUGGACAGACUACGAGAAAGGCUCGUCAACAUGGCCCCUGUACCGACUUGACAGCACAGACGGACCUCGACCCAUAUACCCAAAGACCUGCAGAAGUGUAAGUUUGUGUUUGUACAAAGGGGCGGACACCAGGCACCGCUACAGCGGCCGUACGAGAGGCCGUUCAAGGUGAUCAACAACAACGGGUCCACAAACGUUCUGGACAUUGGGGGGAAAGAGGAGGUUUUCACAGUGGACUGACUCAAACCAGCCCAUGUGGACUUGGUGCAGCCGGUCGAGGCUCAGGCACCGCGGCGCAGAGGCAGACCUCCCAAACAGAGGCUGAUCCAAACUGUGGACAUUGGGGGGUGUAUCGCCGGUUCUGGGGGGGGGGGUGGGGUUAAGUGGUGACCCACUUUCUGCGCUGGCGAACCGGCUCAUAAAUAGACAGUGCGCGGGGAGAGACAUUGGUAAUGCACCCCUGACGUAAUUUCCGUCCGGAGAGGGCGGGCGCUAGGGAUUAAAUGCCAGCGCCGCGAAGUUUGAAUAAACUAGUCUCGAAACGGCUUACCGACUGUGUGUCGUCUCUAGCUCUGUAUGUAGUACAUCGCUACAAUCCUAGCCAGAGGUUCAGCAAUCUCUUCCCUUGCCUCGUGGAGCAGCCUGGGGAAUAUUCUGUCAGGCCCCGGGGACUUAUCCGUCCUAAUGUAUUUUAACAACUCCAACACCUCCUCUCCCUUAAUAUCAACAUGCUCCAGAACAUCAACCUCACUCAUAUUGUCCUCACCAUCAUCAAGUUCCCUCUCAGUGGUGAAUACCGAAGAGAAGUAUUCAUUGAGGACCUCACUCACUUCCACAGCCUCCAGGCACAUCUUCCCACUUUUAUCUCUAAUCGGUCCUACCUUCACUCCUGUCAUCCUUUUGUUCUUCACAUAAUUGAAGAAUGCCUUGGGGUUUUUCUUUACCCUACUCGCCAAGGCCUUCUCAUGACCCCUUCUUGCUCUUCUCAGUCCCUUCUUAAGCUCCUUUCUUGCUAUCCUAUAUUCCUCAAUAGACCCAUCUGAUCCUUGCUUCCUAAACCUCAUGUACGCUGCCUUCUUCCACCUGCCUAGAUUUUCCACUUUACUUGUCACCCAUGGUUCCUUCACCCUACCAUUCUUUAUCUUCCUCACUGGGACAAAUUUAUCCCUAACAUCCUGCAAGAGAUCCCUAAACAUCGACCACAUGUCCAUAGUACAUUUCCCUUCAAAAACAUCAUCCCAAUUCACAUCUGCAAGUUCUAGCCUUAUAGCCUCAUAAUUUGCCCUUCCCCAAUUAAAAAUUUUCCUGUCCGCUCUGAUUCUAUCCUUUUCCAUGAUAAUGUUAAAGGACAGGGAGCGGUGAUCACUGUCCCCCACUGUCCUUGUGUGGUGUCUCUGGUUAUGCUGAUUGCUUUCCUCCUGUGUUGACUGGAAUAGAUGGUGUCCAGUCCUGGGAGCUCCAUCCUGACAAUUCGCUGGGCCGCCUUCACCACGCGAUGCAGGUCUUGUCCCUCAGUGGCUGUGUAGCUGGCAUACCACACUGUGGUGCUGUUGGUCAGGAUGGUUUCAAUUGUGCUUCUGUAGAAGUUAAGCAACAGCUUUUGUGGGAGUUUGGCCUGUUUCAGCUUUCUGAGGAAGAGGAGUCUUUGUUGUGUCUGUUUUACAAGCAGUGAGGUGUUGGUGGUCCAUGUCAGCGAGGUGUUGGUGGUCCAUGUCAGAUAUAAACUAGAUAUAAUAAAGCGUUUCGAUCGUGGUGAACAAAGUAAGGAUAUAGUGAGUUGGGCUAAGGGUUUGUGGAAGUUGACGAUGGUGAUGUUGAAGAGGUUUUGGCAUCCCAUGACCAAGAACUGACAGAUGAAGAGCUGAUGAAGAGGAAAGGAUAACAAUUGAAGCCGAACGCAAUAGUGAACAGCCUGAAAGUAAAGAUGUCCAGGAACUGAACGUGAAGAUUUUCGUGAGAUUUUCGCUGCGAUUGACAAUGCUGCAAUGAAUGCAGAAAAGUAUGACUUUAAUUUUGAAAGGGUACGUAGCUUUAGGGCAGGUUUGCAGGAUGGUUUGAGUGCUUACAAAGAACUGUAUGAUAGAAAAAUGCACGAGGCUAAGCAGUCAAGCGUACUGUCAUUUUUCAAGCCUUCCAUAUCAGCCACAGCAGACGACGAAACUUGACCUUCGACAUUGAGGCAGGCAGACAUGGAAGAAGGUGACCUGCCUGCCCUGAAUGAAACAGACGACGAUGAGAUGACACUCCAGUGUCCCACCAUCCCAACCUCUGAUGACUCAGCCUAACACACCAUCAUCAGUGUCCUCACUGUCCUCCUGAUUCCGGGCAUAACUGUUGACUGAAUGUUUACUGAAGCAGUUUAACUCUCAAGCUAGUUCUAGAGUGCAGACCUUCAAUUAUUC